GCGGAUGCUGCACAUAGUGUUAUCAGCGCGGCUCUUCGCAUCACUAACUCCAGUUGUAGUCAUCGAAGUGGCUGCCGGCUUCAACAGGUGCCCCGAGUGCAGGGAAAAAUGGUUCUGAACUCCAUGUCAUUUUUAGUGUUCAUCAUUCCAGGACUACUUUUGAGAAUCGACAAUGUGAACUCUGCAUCUAUAUUGAAUUCUCUACCAGAGGAGAAAAUAUUCGCGAGAGAGAAUCCAGAAUACUUGCUACGCAUGUACCCUCGACUUCGUUCAACCUAUAACAUUGUUCCCGAUGAAGACGAUGAUAGUUGGACAGAUUCUAAAAGGGGACUUGACCUUGGUCUUGGACGUGGCUAUUCUGGAUCUUUGGCUGCCAAGCAGAGAAUAGGAUGGGCAGCAGCGAAUUUCGCUGGGGGGCCAGGAAGAAGAAGAAGAAAUGGAUACGAAGCCUGAACAACUCUAGUUUUAAGAAUCCUUAAAUGAAUUAUUCAAAUAUAAUACUUAUGUAUAUACCUAAUCUGAAUCAAUAUUCAAUCAACUAAAAAUUGUUGCAUGUGCAAAUCUUCUUAAUUGUGUUAUUUUGAAGGACCUUGCCAAAUUUCGAUUAUUUUCAACCAAUAAAUCAUUUCAAUUAAGGA